UAAAAAGCGGAAGUUAAUCCUCUUUCUUCUAUCCUCUCUAUAUUCUGGCGCCCAACACAUUUUACCACUACUAUGGCGUCUAUGCUCUCUCACUCUUCUUCUUCCUUUCUGAACCUUAACUUUACCAAUGAUUUAUCGCUCUCCUUCUCUGCUACCUUCUCCCCUCCCUUGCCACAAUUCCCAAAAAGUGCUUCUCAAAAAUGGAACAAUAAUGAAAAUUAUAGAAGCUAUACUGUAAAGUGUGCACUUGCAAAAGCUAGAACGCCUCCUUCGCCCGCUUCUGAUGCAUUCAUAAGAGAACCCCACAAAUACUUUGAUGAGGUGGUUAUCACAGUUCGUGCUGGAGAUGGAGGGCAUGGUGCCGUUCUUAGUAUGCCCAACGUUAAAGCUCCAUCUAAGUCACAAGGAAAAUUUGACAGAGAAAAGACUAAGAGGAAACCCUCUUAUAAAAGGGACUUUGAUGGCUCAUUAAUCCUUCCAAUGGGGGGACAUGGUGGCGAUGUUGUCAUUUAUGCAGAUGAGAGCAAAGAUACACUGUUGGAGUUUCACAACAAGAGCAAGCACAAGGCGAAGCGUGGGGGAAAUGUUGAUGCCAUGGGCGUGUUAACAUCUUACCUGCAAAAUGGACUUGCUGCACCAACAUUGCGAAUUCCUGUUCCACUAGGUACUGUUGUCAAACAUAAAAGAGGAAAGUUUUUGGCAGAUCUAGCUAAUCCAGGUGAUGAAGUUCUUGUUGCAAGGGGAGGACAAGGAGGGAUUAGCUUGUUGGAAGUUCCGGAGCACAAAAAGAAACAAAUGACGACUUUAACCACAAAUAUGAUGAGAGAUGACAGCGAUAAGGUUUUAGCUAUUGGCGAGCCUGGAGAGGAAGUUAGCCUGCAGUUGAUACUGAGAGUUGUUGCUGAUGUGGGUCUUGUUAUAUGUGCAUAA